AAAUGUAGCCAUUAGAAUAACGAAAAUGAGUUAAGUGCAGCCCUGAGAAGGAGCGACCACAUCUUUGUACCUCCCAUCGAGAGAAAGGCAAAGUCACGUGCGGUAAAGACUACAUCUCCCGCCGAGCUUUGCGGCGUGACCAGUUCGCCUUACGCAGAGUCGCUCCCUUCACGUCUUUCCGGCCGAGGUCCCGGAUGUAGAUUGCCCCCGCGGCCCGCUCCGCUUAGUAGGCGUGGCCUUAAGAGGGCUCUGAGACCUGGGACUCUCUCAUUGGCUGUGCAUUGGACGCAGGGGAGGGUGGGCGUUGGCCUUGGCGCGCGGCAUUCCGGCGACAGCCAAUCGGAAACCUGCCUGGCCUUUGGCGGGAGGCCGGAAAGCUGGGGCUGUGCACAUUUGGCGCGAAUGUGUCUGGACUUUGCUGCCGCCGGUGUGUUCAGGGGCUCGUGAAGAACCCCUGGAGCCCUGUGCGGAGAGGAGGGAAGGAUCCGGCCCUGAGUGUGUUGCCAUCAUGCCUCAAACCCGAUCCCAGUCACAGGCCACCAUCGGCUUUCCAAAAAAGAAGCCGUCUCGGACGUUGGACAAAGCUAAAACCUCGAGUGACACCAAAGUAGAGCUGACCAAGGUCAAGGCCAUCCCCCUUACUCCGUGUGCAAAAAGCCUGCCCCUCAGCCCCAGGAAGCGCCUGGGUGACGACAACCAAUGCAAUACGCCCCGUUUAUCAUCCUGCUCGCCACCAAAGCUGAGCAAGAAAGAGAACGGUCCCCCUCACUCCCACGCACCCAGGGGCCGCAAACUGGUAUUUGACAACCAGCUGGCAGUUAAGUCUCCGGGCAAGAGAAGGCAAGCCGGAGUUCACCAAAACAAAACGUGUUCCUCUGUUCGAAAAGGUCAGGAAAUCACUGCACACCCUGAGCAGAGACGGCCCCCGGAGAAGGAACCUGUGUGCGCGAGGCUGUUUAAGCAAGAAGGCACUUGCUACCAGCAAGCAAAGCUGGUCCUGAACACAGCUGUCCCCGAUCGGCUGCCUGCCAGGGAGAAGGAGAUGGAUGUCAUCAGGAGUUUCCUGAGGGAGCACAUCUGUGGCAGAAAAGCUGGAAGUCUUUAUCUCUCUGGUGCUCCCGGAACUGGAAAAACAGCCUGCUUAAGCCGGAUUCUGCAAGACCUCAAGAAGGAGCUGAAAAGUUUUAAAACUAUCAUGCUGAAUUGCAUGUCCUUGAGGAGAGCCCAGGCUGUAUUCCCAGCGAUUGCUCAGGAAAUUGGUCAGGAAGGAGCAUCCAGGCCAGCUGGGAAGGACAUGAUGAAGAAACUGGAAAACCAUUUUACUGCAGAGAAGGGCCCCAUGGUCGUGCUGGUGCUGGAUGAGAUGGAUCAGCUGGACAGCAAAGGGCAGGAUGUGUUGUACACACUGUUUGAAUGGCCAUGGCUGAGCAAUUCUCGAUUGGUGCUGAUUGGCAUUGCUAAUACCUUGGAUCUCACAGACAGAAUUCUGCCAAGGCUUCAAGCUAGAGAGAAAUGUAGGCCACGGCUUUUGAACUUCCCACCUUACACCAGGAAUCAGAUAGCCACUAUCUUGCAGGAUCGACUUAAUCAAGUCUCCCGAGAUCAGAUCCUGGACAGCGCUGCGAUUCAGUUCUGUGCCCGGAAAGUCUCUGCCGUUUCUGGAGACGUUCGCAAAGCGCUGGAUGUUUGCAGAAAAGAGGGCUUGUUUCUCAGCGGGGAGUUCUGCAUGUCUCCCGUGUUAAUGUCUGAAACAUUAUCAGUCCAUUACCUACCGAGGGAGGAACAAAUGAGAUGUUGCUGGCACUCCCCGUGGAGAGCUAUUGAAAUUGUAGAGUCGGAUGUCAAAAGCCAGACUAUCCUCAAACCACUGUCUGAAUGUAAGUCAUCCUCUGAGUCACUGGUUCCGAAGCGGGUUGGCCUUAGUCACAUAUCCCAGGUCAUUUCAGAAGUUGAUGGAGACAGGAUGACUUCAAUCCAAGAUGGAGCACAAGACUCCUUCCCUCUGCAGCAGAAGAUCUUGGUCUGCUCUUUGCUGCUCUUGACCAGGCAGUUGAAAACCAAAGAGGUCACUCUGGGGAAGCUCCACGAGGCCUAUGGCAGCGUCUGCCGCAAACAGCAGGUGGCGGCAGUGGACCAGUCCGAGUGCCUGUCCCUCUCGGGGCUCUUGGAGGCCAGGGGCAUUUUAGAGUUAAAGAAAAACAAGGAGACCCGCCUCACCAAGGUGUCUUUGAAGAUUGAAGAGAAGGAAAUAGAGCAUGCUCUGAAAGACAGAACUUUAAUUGGAAAUAUCUUAGCUACUGGAUUGCCUUAAAUUCUUUUUUUUCCUACACUAAUACCCCACCUGAAAGUAAUCCAGUGUUAUUUAGACCGUUAUAAAGUCUUCUUGUUAGUACUUUAAUGUAUUCAGGUCUGAAAACAAUCCUUUUUUUUUUUUUUUACUUGAAAGUGAUCGAUUUUAAUUUAUAGAUUCAAGAAUGUUUACAUAGACUAUAACAUCUUUGGGUCUUAUUAUUUGGGGGGAGGUUCUUUUUUAUGCAUUAAAAAUGAGGGUCUUAUUAUUCUUAUGCAUUAAAAAUGACCAAGUAGACCCUUUUAAAUUAUAUUUACUACCUUAAGUUUGCAAGGAUAUAGAUUUAUGUUGUGGACUGUGCAUAUAUUUACCCCUUUGUUCCCUCAAACAUUGGUGUAUUUGAAAGAACUUUGGCACUAAAAUCAGAAGAAUGGAAAAGGGCGAUCCAGCCAAACAAGCAAGUCCUCAUGACAACAUGGAGGACACUUCGUGAUCAAAGGAUUUCUUUCUUUCUGGAGCUUCCUGUGUUCGCGUUGCAGAUACUUCCACAUUGUGGCAUUUUAAAGGCUCACUGCGUUUCUGAGGCCCUCCCCAGGGAAGUGGGGGUAGUAAGCAGAAUGUAACUCUACAGAUUGUGAAUAUAUUUAUUUUCAAGUUG